ACUGUCGCAUGUCGGACGCCAUUUUGCUCGACCAGUUGCAAUAUUGCUUUUUGUUAUAAUAAUGAGUUUCGAUACUGCAAAUUUUAUAAUGGAAGUAAAAAAUCGUCCCUGUUUAUGGGAUAGUACAUCAACUGAUUAUUCCGAUAGAAACUUAAAAAGUAAAUGUUGGAACGAAUUAGUGGACAUAUUUAAAGAAAAAGACGUGAUGACAAAGCAAGAAAAACAUCAACUAGUUUAUACUUUACAAAAGAGAUGGAAAGGCAUCCGUGGCUGCUUCACACGAGAACUGAACCGGCAAAAAUCUUUGAAAUCCGGGAAUACUGGACCACGUAAAAGCGAAUAUGUAUUUUUUAAACAACUACUGUUUCUACAGAAGGUUGUGGCAUUAAGAGAGCCUGAGGUAGUAGAAGAACGUGAAGUUCCCGAGCCAUCAACAGACUCCGAAACAACAGACCGUGAGGUUGAAACGACAGAUCUAGACUUACAACAAGACCGUCUCCCAAAAAGAAUAAAAACUAAGCAAGAAACAGAAGAAGACCAAUUUCUAAUAGCCCUAAAAAGGUCUAUUAAACGUAGAGAAGAAUAUAAAGCACUAAAUCAAGACGAGGACAGAUUAUUCAUGCUGUCUUUAGUUGGGACUUUGAAACAAGUGCCUCCCCAUAAGAAAAUGGCGACUAAGAUCAAAAUAAUGUCCGUGCUUGAAGAAGCAACUAGCUCUGUAUACAACGUUGUUGAUAGUGCAUAGAACUGAGGAAUACUUCUACGUGUAACUGCCGCACUCAGAGACAUUUAAUGAUUACUUAAACUUUGCCUUGGUAACGAUUUUGUACCGAAAACAAUUGCUAAGGACGGGGUUAAGUAACCAUUAAAGUGAGCAUCCACAGGCCCGCAUCGUACGCAUUCCGUAUGACGACGUACGAUGCAGAUCAGUGGAUACAGUUG